AUGUCUAUCGUCGUCCUGCGUGUUGGAAAGUGCCAACGCUGGGCUUUGUCUCAUCAUGUCAUUCUAGCCGAUGUGGACACAUUAGUAAUCUCAUCGACGGCCAAGGCGAUCAUUGCGUGGGAGACACGACGAAAGAGCUUGGAUCAGAACCAACUUUUUAUUCACGACCCUCGCAACGCCUAUCCCGCUCAUUUUAGCCAAUCUCCCUGCAGGAAAGGAAUAGAAGCAAAGAAAUUUUAUGGAGGCGGCACUCGAAAUACAUUCAACUCAUCCCGAGAGAACAACCGACCAACGCACAACGGCAGAAUUCUGCACGGCUCCCGUUCGCGAAAGCCUUGCGACGCUUUGAGAAAGAUACAAGCCAAGUUGUUUCAAAUCAAAAACCACGAAAUCGUAUUAUUGAAGGGUUCGGACUUGAUGUCGGGAAUACUACCCGAACAAGACUCUGACACGUCAAGAUGGAAUAUACCUCUGUGCGGCUCACGCACGAUGAAGAAUCGGGGGAGGAGGAGUAUAUCCUCACAUAUUGUUCGAAAUGUAAAGGAUGUGAGAUAUUCUUGCACACGUCUCCCCACGUCUGGCAUGCUGCGAAUGGAGGAAUUGCCAAUGCGUUUCGAGCGCGAUGGAUCUGGAAUUGAGGGAGGAGUAGGGGGCUACCAUUCUUUUUCUAAAUGUAUAUACGCCCGUCCGGUACCUCAGGGAGGGGUACAGACUCGAAGAGAUGGCCCGAGCACACAGGCACAACUGAACGACAUGGAAACCCAUCGCGCCAUCACAGCCCAUGGUUAUGGGCUAGGCCUCGUCGUUGACUUCGACGAUGUGCUCGGCUCUUGUUUGGCUCUUGUCCUCUGUAUCUAG